GAAGUCUGAAUCCCCAAAACGAUGACUCUCUGCAACUCACUUCUUCUCAAAACCCCAAUCUUCCCUCCCUUCCAUUUCUUCCCUCACCAUUUUCCCACCACCACCAACAAACCCAUCUUCUCCCUCUCCUGCUCCUCCUCCCUCCCUAAUGUCCCCAAAACCGACGACGGCGCCGGUGAGCCGACGACCAACAAGAGGCUCUCGGAUCAGUCCUCCUGGGAGGCCAAGGACUCCAUGGGCGAGGACUACUUGUACAGGCUCGGAAAAGAGGCCGAUAACAUGAACAUCGCCGUCGGAGCCCGUGCAGGAGUCAUCGACGACCUCUUCACCGGUCAAUUCCUCGGCCGUGACUCCGACAUCGUGUUUGAUUACCGCCAGAAGGUCACCAGGUCGUUCCAGUACCUCCAAGGCGAUUAUUACAUUGCGCCUCUCUUCAUGGAUAAAGUUGUAUGCCAUAUGACGAAGAACUACCUUGCUCCUGUUCUCAAAACUAAAGUUCCUUUGAUCCUUGGUAUUUGGGGAGGAAAAGGCCAAGGAAAGUCAUUUCAGACUGAACUUAUAUUUCAAGCUAUGGGGGUUGAACCUGUAAUAAUGUCUGCUGGGGAAUUAGAAUCAGAAAAGGCUGGGGAACCAGGAAGAUUGAUACGGGAACGCUAUAGAACAGCUUCUCAAGUUGUCCAGAACCAUGGCAAGAUGAGCUGUUUGAUGAUCAAUGACAUUGAUGCUGGCCUUGGUAGAUUUGGAAACACUCAGAUGACAGUAAAUAAUCAAAUUGUUGUUGGAACUUUGAUGAAUCUAUGUGAUAAUCCUACAAGAGUUAGCAUUGGACAAGAAUGGCGAGACUCGGAUAUCACAAAUAGAGUUCCUAUCAUUGUUACAGGGAAUGAUUUUUCAAAAAUAUAUGCUCCCUUAAUACGAGAUGGAAGGAUGGAAAAGUUUUACUGGCAACCUAACCGUGAGGAUAUCAUAAACAUUGUUAACAGAAUGUAUGAAAAAGAUGGAAUAUCCAGGGAUGAAGUUGUAAGUAUAGUGGACACUUUUCCUAACCAAGCAAUGGAUUUCUAUGGAGCUCUGAGGUCUCGAACUUAUGACCGGUCAAUUUUAAAGUGGGUUGAUGAUAUUGGUGGUGUUGAAAGUCUUGGAAAAAACCUUUUGAAGCGGAGAAAGGACGACAAUCUUCCUGCAUAUACUCCUCCAAAGCAAACAAUGGAAGCUUUGCUUGAAUCCGGGUAUUCUCUGCAGAAAGAACAACAGUUGAUAAUGGAUAGCAAACUUUCAAAGGAAUACAUGAAGAACAUGGAUGAUUAGAACUUGGGUUUUUUUCAUAUUUGCUAUAUGUAUCAUCAUUCAUAAGCUGGAUGCUCUUUGGCUUUUUUCGUGUGCAUAAACUGUAAUACUUCAAGUGCCAUUUUACAGGGUUCUGCCGAUAUUUCACUGUCAUGUUCAAUUUAAAAGCACUAUUGUUGGCAG